GGUUUAAACAAGGUUCAAAUUGCCCCCAUUAAAAAUCAAAUUGUCCCCCUGUUGGGCGGGCCCCCACAUUGGGCAUCAUUGCUCUAAGGAGUUGGCCUCGCAGCCUGGAGCCCAAGCUAACAACCCAACUGCUCGUUGACCUGAAGGAAGAGCUUUGCCUCCAUCUGACUCAACUUUUCUGACUUUUCUUCCCAGGGUUCCGCAACCUGCAUGUAGAUGACCAGAUGGCCAUCAUUCAGUACUCCUGGAUGGGCUUGAUGAUUUUUGCCAUGGGAUGGAGGUCCUUCACCAAUGUGAAUUCUCGGAUGCUUUAUUUCGCUCCAGAUUUGGUCUUCAAUGAGUACCGGAUGCACAAAUCCAGAAUGUACAGCCAAUGUGUCAGGAUGCGGCAUCUCUCUCAAGAAUUUGGAUGGCUUCAGAUUACUCCUCAAGAAUUUCUCUGUAUGAAGGCUCUGCUCCUCUUCAGUAUUAUUCCAGUGGAUGGGCUGAAGAAUCAGAAGUUCUUUGAUGAGCUCCGGAUGAACUACAUCAAGGAGCUGGACCGGAUCAUCGCUUGCAAAAGGAAGAACCCCACGUCUUGUUCACGUCGCUUCUAUCAGCUCACGAAGCUCCUGGACUCUGUGCAGCCGAUCGCCAGAGAACUGCAUCAGUUUACAUUUGACCUCUUGGUGAAGUCGCACAUGGUGAGCGUCGACUAUCCUGAAAUGAUGGCUGAGAUCAUCUCGGUGCAGGUCCCCAAGAUCCUUUCUGGGAAAGUGAAACCCAUCUACUUCCACGCCCAGUGAUGGUGAGCGGCAGACGGGCCUCCUUUUCCUCGGGUCCCUGGACUCCUGCACUGCAGUGCCUUGGCACGCUGUGUGUCCUCAACAGACGCACAGUAACCACAAAGAACUCUUUGCUGGGCCCACUUUCAGGUUUCUGUUUUCUGCUUUCCCCCGAACUGCCUUCGCCUUGAGAGAUCUACUCUGGACAUUUGCCGGCUUCAGUGUCUCACCGUGUGCAUGGACUUCCUCUUUCAGUUUUGUGGCGUGGUGCCUGGCGGCACUGUUUACAUUCUUGUGCUUGUGCAUUCCCCACCGUGGCUUUGGUGGCCCCUUUGCAACCAAAAGGAAGCGUCGGUUCAAAAAACGUCCAUCGACGCUUUUCUGGUGGUUCUCCCUGCUGCUGUUUGUUUUCUAAUUAAUGGCAAGCAGGUCGUUAAAUGCUGGGGAUAAGGGGAAACUUUCAAGCUGGAUGGGUUUUUUUGUGGGGGGGAGAGGGGUGUAUUUUGGGUUUGUUUUAGCAGUUCUGGCAGCCUCUUUUUCGUCUCUCUGAGGAAAGGUCUGAAGUGUCCCUGGAAAUAACGAAGAGACGCCAACCCCAAAGCAGACAAAGAGAACGUAGUUGACACACAUGAUCCGUGCGCCUGCUAGACUUUGGUUUCAGAGAGAGCUUUCUUUGCAUAUACAAUCAGGCUCGAGACACCCAGCAUUGGUCCAACUAUGCACACAGAAUAACAGGGUUGGAAGGGGCCUUGGAGGUCUUCUAGUCCAACCCCCUGCUCAAGCAGGAGACCACAGACAGCCACCGUGUUCCCGGCACUCAGACCUUCAGCUACAUUUUCUCUCUUGGGCAGAGCCGUGGAGCCAGGGGUCACCCAUUGCGGUGGCUGUUGUAGAAGACCACUCAGAAGAUGCUCGCAGCCGCGGCUCCCUAAUCCAGAGAGCCCCCUUCAUGCAGUGGUUCUUGGGAGGAAUAAGAAGGUCUGGAAGUUUUCCCAAUGCCCAGAAAUGAUGGGGGGCCUCUUUUUUUUGCAGCUAGUACUACUUCAUCUUUCUUCGUCUGUGGACCAUGAGCCAGAAGUAAAAACAUUUGCCCAGUGAAUGUGAACACAUUCCAGUUGUGAGCUUUUUUUAAUCUUUCCAUGGACUCUCCCUCCCUUUAGUACUCAGUUCUAUUUUUGUUCCCUUCCCGCAGCUUCCAAUGCUCUCCAAGUCUCUGUUCGCCUCCUCUUAGCUCUGCCUCUCGUUGCAGGCCAUUCAUUUCACUUCCUAGAGGCUUCCUUGGAUCACUUGCUUUUUGCUGUAUGGCGGAACUGUCUCAGAAAUCGUACAACUUGGCGAGACUUCCUGGGAACCUCUACCCGCAUUGUCCUAGCCCAGCCCAGCCCGGAACAAUUUCUUCCAAACUUCACUUGAGUUCAUGAUGAUUGUGUUAAACUGCAAAAAAACCAAUGAUGAAUCCCUCUUUUCCUUUCUGCAACUUCUGUUGGAACAAUAGGAGAAACUGCCUUAUCCAAGGAGAUAAGGAAAACUACCCUCCCCAAAUUAUACCUCUUUUUUAUGGGAAACAAAAGUCCCCCCCCCUUUUUUUUUCUAACCCAGCUGCACCGUUGGUAUCACUUACCAGGAAUUCCCAUGAGCUGGUAGCCAAAGAUUCAGAGAAGCCAUGUGGGUGAAUUAGGUUUUUUGUUUGUUUGUUUUGCUUUGCUUUUCAGGAAAAAAAACACACCUGGGAAAAGAAAAUUCAAAACAUGCCAUUGGAUGUUAGUAGACGAUAGUAAGAGAGCAUAUGAAAAGCCUGUGGUUAUAAUGAGAACAUUAUCUUGGAUUAUUUUUCUGUUAGGUACCACUUUUUAGCACAAGAUGACAUCUACUGAGAAUAACAAAGGUGAAAUUAGGAUCAAACAUUUGGAGAGCUGUUUGGCCCUCCUGAGGCCUGGCGUGAUUCUUCAUCUGCUGUGAUUUCACGAUGUCUUGCUCGGAGUUUGAAACUUGCCUGCCUUGGGUCAUUUUGAUCUGAUGCUUAAGAUCAUUAAUUACCUGGCCGUUGUUGUAUCUUUGAUGGAUCCUGCACACUCCAGGCUUCAGCUAAAGGAAAAACAAGGUUAAAUUUCUAGCAACGCUGAGUUAAAAUGACCAGCAUUCGGUUUCAUCUCUGCAGGAACAAGAACAAUAAAACAGCAAUACAUUGAAUUAGCUUUUGCUUCUGUGUGAUGCUGUCCAUUGCAUUGCUAAAAUAAAUCUAUUUCGGCUGUUUUUUAAUUUUUGGAUUGUUAACAAUAAUUAGACAGAACCAUUGAAAUAUGUCCCUGUUUUCGGUACUGAGGUUGCCUCUCCUCUCAUUCUUAGAACAAACGGUGACAAUGCUAUGGGUGUUUGGACUUUCCUGAACCUUGUUCAUGCCAUCUCAAGAGAUUUUUUUUGAAAAACACAACAAAGUUCUUUUUUAAAGACAAGAAUCUACAUUUUGGAUGCUUGGUUUGAAAGCCUCCUCCUCCUCCCACAUACAUGGAACUAGAUGAAUUGCACUCUUAACCCUCCUUCCCUGUAGACUCAGUAUAAUUUCAUUAUUCGUUUUUUGGAAUGUUGCCUCAGACGCCCCUAUAAAUGAAUGAAGAUAAGGCCAUCAAAUGUUGGGCAGAAACACCGAAAUCACUUCUGUAGUUGACGAGCCCGAAUGGCUCAGAUCAGUGUGUUGAUUCAACUUCCCUCCACUGCAUCGUUCUUGUGAUGUGCCUUCCACAGCGCUGGCUGUGGGGAACUGUGUCCGUGCAUGCAUGCUGUACUUGGUUUCAGGGUAUUUUCCUCCCAUGCUCAAAUCUUCUGAAAAUCUUGAAAUUCAAGGGCAACAUGCGUCUUCAUGCUAAGCUGUUGCAAAAGGGCAGCGCUCCUCUUGAUACCUUCAAGAUCCAUGCGCAACCAAAGUGCCACCUCUGGUAGACCUCUGCAAUCUAGCAUGGCUGCUUCAUGUUUUUGAUACCACAGUGAACAUGCUAGAUCUUCAAGUACCCCAGGAUGGCUCAUUUAUGGUUGCUGUAACCUGUCGUCCAGCAGCUUGAUUUCUCAUCUGUCUCUUCAGCAUCAAGCCAUCUUCCGAUGUGCAUCAGGUCCAGGAGAAGCUUCGUUUUCUGGCCAUUUCUGGAAGAUUCCUUUCAAAUCCUUUUUAAUGAAUGUCAUGUAAAUAUUGGAGAAUGGAUUAGUGGUGGUCGGGAGUUAAAUAUUUACUUUCUUCAGCUUAUUUACGGUGGACUACUGCUGCAGCAGUACUAAGGGAAUUGUGGGGGAGGGGGAAGCUUACGAAUUAUGAAAAGCAUUUACAAAAUCAUAGUCAUCAGUCCAUAUUUUUAGUACCGUGCAUUUUAUGCAUCAAAAUUAUUACACAUUUUUAAAAGUGUACUUAAGCUUGAGUACAUUCUAUUCUGCCAUAUGAUAAUUGCCUUUUGUGAUACAAGAAGCUAUUUGCCAGACCCCAGUCGCUGUGAAAAUGCACAGGAUUGUAAAAAAAACUGACAAAUGAGGGUGGGGGGGAUGAAUAAUUGUCUUGCUGCUGCUGCCUCUGGCUCCUUCGCUCCAGAAGGGGGUCCUGUCCUCCACCCCGACUUCCCGGGGCAUGCUUGAUCUUGUUCCUUUGGCAGUUGGGAAGAAGGAGGAAGGCCGUAAAUUGAAGGAAAGGGGCAUUCCCAUCACCAAAGAAAGGACCUACGCAUUUGACCCUAGACAACAUCACAAUUCUGAUGACAAUGGCUGUGCAUCACAGAUUUGGGAUUUCUUGUAUUUUAUUUUUGAUGUGGGAUGUAUGUGCUUAAGAAUCUUAGAUUUUCUAUAGUUAAAGAUGCCUAUAUCCAUGUUUUCCCCCCUUUUCUUUGGGAAAACUUUUUUUUCCCAAUCCCGUCCCUUAAUUUUACUGGAACUCUUGAGUUCUCUUUUUGUCUGAAGCACUUUGUAAAAAGCUUAGGCUGCUUCUGUGUUCACUUGUUGCAAUUUUGACCGAAAGAAUGUGUUUGUAAUGUUAGUACCAAAGAAUGUUAUUUAAAGUGGGAAAAAACAGAUUUCUGAAUUAGUUGGACUCUUGCUCUGGGGCACAUGGAGAAUUCUCUGCCGUGCUGCUGGGAUGGAGGGCCAAGGCAGAAAAGCAUAGCACGAAAAGAUGGUACGAAUGGAUUUCCUGGCCUGCUGAAAAGAGCAGCCAGCCAGAGGGGAAUAGCCCUGUUGGUUGCAUUAUUUGCACUGGGUGGGGAGCCGGACCCUAAUAUUGCUCCCAUUUGAUCGUACGAAAGGUUUUUGAUGCUCACAACUACUCAGAGAGUGGAAGAAAACUCUUUUGCCAGAGAGAGAGGGAGAGUUUUUGCAGCUCAGCCUCAAUCUGGGCAGUGGACGAGGACGGGGAGGCUAAAGGUGGUAGAGCUCUUCUGUUUCCCUUACCUGUACCUGUGAGGAUAUUGCAAACCACUGGUAGAGGGAGGAGGGUCAGGCUGCGUCCAGAGGAGGACAUAGCCUUCGUCUCUCUUGCUGGAAAGGAGUCCUUUGCCAGAGAAGAUGGCCAGGGGAGGAGGACAUGCAAAAGUUAGGACAGAGUCGAGCGAGACAUUGUGCUGCGUGACACGGCUUUCAUUCUUAGCAGAAGUAGACCGGUUUUGCAUUGAAUGUGUAGAAAGCAGAAGGGCUCCAAGCACCAGAGUCUGGUGCUUGUUUGAAGAGCCUGGUGGUGUCUGGGGGGUGGGGGGAGGGAUAGACUUUUUUUUUUUUAGCAUAGCUGGAGCCAGAAAUAAUUCUGUAAAAAUUGUGGCACUUUUUUUUAAAAAAAAGUUACAUUUGUUAAUCUGCUUGUGUAUUUUUUUAAUUAAAUCUUUGCAGACAUAGAUGAUUGUUAGAUGAGGUCACCCAACUGGCUGUGCACUGGAGUUGCGAGGGGGUGGAAGCUAGAUGGACCUGUUCAAGUUUCUAUGGUCUUAAUACAGUCAAAUAAGCUUGUGAUGCUAUAAAAUAUACAUACCAGCCAAACAGCUGAAAUAUUGUCCUCAAAACAGCUGCCCACCCAGCUCUCCAGGGCCCAGGAACUGCCUGUCAGAUGCCUGUCGAACAGCAGGAGAUAAAGAAUAAUUUCAUUAGGCUAAGAAUUCAUUGAAAGAAUAUGAAACAGAGGGAUGGAUUCUUUGUUAUGGCCAAUGGUCAUAAAAUCAUUGCAUAAAUAAAACUAAUGAUGGUUGAUUGAUUGAUUGAUUGAUUGAUUGGGUGGAUGGGCGAGCAGAUCAGUCCAGUUGCUGUGCAUUUUGCAUAUUACAUGACACAAUGUGGCCACACUUAAAGAAAAUCAUGGCCUUAUAUCCAGGAAGUGGUCUUUAAUUAACGGUGCCAAAGCAGAUAGAACCAGCCAUUUAUUUACCAGCCAAUUGUCUACUGACACCGACAGAAGAACUUGUAAUUGACUUUAUUAGUGUCAGAAUUAGACACACAAGUGUAAUUCAGUGUCAGACACUUCGAUGGAGAUGCUGGGCACAACCACAGAAGCCGCUGCAGCCACAGGUCUUGCGAUGUGAGGCUAGGGCAAGCAAUCUUUUCUGGUGGGUUGCAGCUGUACGUCCCAGUUGCAGAGGCGAAAUACCUGAGAGCCCAUGUACACCCAGCCUCAAGGGACAGAAGUCAACUGGGAACUGUUAAGGAGAGGAUGUUACAAGACAAAACAUCAGCCUUUUGUUUCUGACUUCAUUAGUAUGUUGUGUGUUUAAUAGAAGGUGACAGUUGUCAUUGGACAGAGGGCAAAUUUCAUGCUGUAAACCGGUUCUGAUCUUUGUAACCUUGGAUUCUAUUCUUCCUCCAAAUACAGUUUUAAAAAGCAAACCUU